GGGAUCUCCAGAAAAAAAGUUAUGAUAGUUAAUUCGAGACAACAAGAAAAUAAAAAAAGAAAACCGACCUCGACUAUCUUUGAUUAGAAAUGGAUACCAAGCAGAAGAAACGCUCUCUUUCAGAGACCAAUGGUUCUCAGAAAGCUCCAAAACGUCAAAAGAUUCAAAAGACAUCCAAGAAGCAAAAGAAAACCGCGCCUAAGAAACCAGUUGCCGUGGAUUCUCUACCAUGGAACGAAGUAACUAUGCCAGAUAUGUUCGAAGAUGCUGAAGGUUUCUACGGAUUGGAGGAAGUAGACGAUGUUGAGGUAGUAAGGGAUGGUGAUGUUGUCACAUUUGUAUGUAUUCUCCAGAGGAAAGUAUAGGAAGGAUGCUCAUUUUUCUUAGGUAUCUUCCAAGAUCCAGACUAAAGACAACGAUGACGAAGAAUUCGAAGGCUUUGGAGACGAUGGUGAAGAUGUCGGAAACACCGCGACUGAUGAUACUAGCGAAGUGAAGCCAAUUUUGAAGCCUACGGAAGAAAGCACGAAAAACGACAAACCGCAGGGAAAUAAACAAAAGAUAGAGAAAAAAGCAAAGCCCGAGAAGAAGGACAAGAAGGAAGGAUCAAAUACCGAAGAAGGAGAAGAAAAACUACCAAACCAGAAGGAGAAGAAGCAAAAACAAGAGAAGCCUCAGAAACAGUCAGUCGACAAAGAUGCUACCCUCAAACAAGAUCCUCUUAAGAAUGUCUUCGAGGCACUUGAAGAAGAUGCUGCAGGAGAAGUUGAUGUUUCAGGUUGGGUAGAGCUAGAUCUUUCAUCAAAUACUUUAAUGGCAUUAUCAAGAAUGGGCUUCUCAAAUCCCACUCCAAUUCAAUCAGAGGCUAUUCCAGAAGUACUCGCGGGACAUGAUGUUGUUGGAAAGGCAUCUACAGGUUCUGGAAAAACAUUGGCAUUUGGAAUACCGAUAGUUGAAAAGUGGCUUGAGGUAUAUGGAGAACUCGAUGAAGAUGAACUCAAGAAGAGCACAAGACCUCCGACCGCUUUAAUUCUUUCGCCUACGAGAGAAUUGGCGCAUCAAUUGACUGAACAUAUCACAGCUUUAUGUAAGGGUAUGCCUACAAGUCCAUAUGUAGCAGCUGUUACCGGAGGACUUUCUGUACAAAAACAACAACGUCAAUUAUCAAAGGCAGAUAUCAUAAUCGGUACACCUGGCCGACUCUGGGAAGUUAUUAGCUCCAGCAAUGAAUUAUCAGCUGGUUUGAAACAGGUUAGAUUUUUGGUCAUCGAUGAAGCGGAUAGACUCUUGACCGACGGGCAUUUCAAAGAAGCAGAGGAGAUUCUAAGUGCGUUGGAUCGUACACACGGGAAUGAAGAUGAUGACGAGGAGGACACAUUACCUCCUAGGCAGACUUUGGUUUUCUCGGCCACUUUCCACAAAGGAUUACAACAGAAACUUGCUGGCAAAGGCAAGGAUUCUUUCAAGAAUGAUAGUCAAUCUAUGGAGUACCUCUUGAAGAAGCUCAAUUUCAGGGAAGAAAAACCCAAAUUUGUUGAUGUCAAUCCUAUCUCGCAAAUGGCAGCAAAUCUGAAAGAGGGUAUGGUAGAAUGUGGUGGAGAAGAAAAGGUAAUGAUUUUGGAACUACAAUCGAAGUAUAUUUUUUGGCUAACACUCUAUAGGAUCUUUAUCUAUAUUCUCUUCUUCUACAUCAUCCAAAUCAACGUACACUAAUCUUCACAAACUCAAUCCAUUCCGUCCGUCGCCUAACACCUAUGCUCCAAACCCUCAAUAUCCCAGCCCACUCCCUCCACUCCCAAAUGAUCCAAAAAGCACGCAUGCGCUCUAUUGAAAAAUUCUCCCGAACAAACAACACCGGCUCAGUCCUCGUAGCAACCGACGUCGCAGCUCGCGGUCUCGACAUCGGAGGCGUCCAAUUAGUAAUCCAUUACCAUCUCCCCCGCACAGCAGACAUGUAUGUGCACCGCUCCGGCCGAACGGCGCGUGCCGCCGCAUCUGGAUCCAGUAUCCUCCUUUGUGGCCCCGAAGAAGUAGUCGGAACCCGUCGCCUGGUAGCUAAAGUCCACGCGAAAAAUGCUCUUCACGGUGAAGGCAAAAAAUCCAAAUUCUACAUCCGCUCUCUCGAUAUUGACCGCAGGGUAGUCUCUCGUUUAAAACCCCGCGUUACCCUCGCGAAAAAAAUAGCUGAUAGCGCUCUCGCGAAAGAAAAGAAAGGUCACGAUGACGAUUGGGUUAAAAACGCAGCGGAAGAAUUAGGCGUCGAAUAUGAUAGUGAGGAAUUCGAAGCAUUAGGCGGAGGAAGGAAGGGGAGAGGAACGGGAAGAAGAAUGAAGGAGAAAGAAGCGAGGGGUAUGAGCAAAGGGGAGGUUGGAGCCCUAAGAGCUGAACUAAGAGCCUUGUUAGCUCAGAGGGUUAAUGUGGGUGUUAGUGAGAGGUAUUUGACCAGUGGCACGGUUAAUGUUAAUGAUUUGUUGAAGGGGGCUAAGGGUGAGUGGUUAGGUGAGGUGGAGGGUAUUGGGAUGGAGGAUGAUUGAUUUCGUGUAUGUUUUGUGUGUUUUGUUGUGUGGUUUGGCUUAUGGUUGGUGUAUUCCAUAUAUAUCUAGGUAGUCAGAGUUAAUGAAAGAAUUAGUCUGAAUAAAUAAAAUGUGUUUCAUACCCUCAUUUCACAACCUCAAGUAUACCUUUCCCUCACCUUUCUUAUCCCAUAAUAUGCCCAUCUAACCCGCUAUAUAUCAUGAUAGAAA